AUUAACGGUUUGUCAUUGAACACUUUGUUAUUGAACUGAAUCUUAUUCUAUAUUAAUGGUUUAUCAUUGAACGUUUUGUUAUGUUAAAUUAUUUAUCAGGCAUGCUAAAAUUUUACUCACGGGCUAUCCAUAUUUUUACUUACUGAGAUAUUUUAUCUCACCUAGUUUUUUCUUGUCCACCAUUUCAGGUAGUGAUACUAGACACAUGGGGAGCCGGGGGAGUGACGAGCUAGACGGCUAGGCAUUAUUUUGGACUUAGAUCUUUUGGAGUUAGGCUACUAGUCUCACAUGGUUGACCUAAAUAAGCAUUUUUGUGUACAGAGUUUCCUUGACCUGAGGAGUGUUGCCAGAAAUUGUAGUCUGCCUUAUGCUCAAAGGAACGUUGUUGUUGAAGACCUAAGGUGGAUUAUUGAAGCGCAAAGAUCCAAACAUAACAAGAGCGUUAGGUCAGACCGGCAGAGGCUCAGGAGGCAAGGAAGGAUCAUUGUGACUAGGAAUUUCAGCCCAGAAAGUACCAGAUCUCACUCAACUGGUACUAGAUCUCCAAGGAUGGUUAAACCACUACUUAGGUCACCUUCUAGACGAUGGGAGAAAGACACCGAUGUCUGCGUUGUGGUGGACACUGUUGCUACUUGCAAUGCACUUUUGGGGCGUGACUGGAUCCAUUCAAGUUGGUGUGUCCCUUCUACACUUCACCAGGAGCUGAUUUUUUGGAAUGGUGGCAAGGCUGAGGUGGUGUCUGUAGAUGAUAAGCCUUUUUUAGCCAAUACUCACCUAGUGGAGGCUAGAUAUUAUGAAAAAGACAUUGGUACUGUUCGAUGUUUUGGGAUGGAUAGACAUGGGAAGCUAAUUGGGAUAACAACAUGCAACAGACCGUCAAUAUCUAAGUGUGUCAUAGAGGAAGUAUGUGAUGAACUUCUUCAGCCAACAGCAAUAAUCCCUUAUAGGCCAAAAGGGAAACUAAAAAUUGAAGAAAUCUAAUGAAGCAAGCUCAUUUGAAUAAAGAAAAAGAAAAGGCUGUGUUGGAGAUAACAAAGAAAUUAACGACCUACUUUGUUGAAAAAACAGUAGAGGUAGACAGGUCUGAAAUUGUUCAUGAAGGGGUUUUAAGUAAAACUUAGUAGAAGUUGAAUGAUCAUAACUCAAUUAUUCCAAUUUUGCUUACCACAUGGCAUUUUCCCAACCAAGUUUUUUUGUCUUGUCGGUGGAAGCUUGGAUAAGCCUCCAGAAGCCUCCCAAAAGCCUCAUUUUGCUUUCUCAUGCCUUCCUUUUCGACCCACAUCAUUUUCUUUCUCCUUUCUCCACCAAGGUUAAGGUGCUUUUGUUAGAUCAGUAGAUCGAGGUAGCAGUCUUUCGGUUUAGGAGCUUUUGGCACGGGACUCGCAUGCUCGUUGUAUGUGCAAGCUAGGGCCUCGUGUUUUCGAUAAGGAGGCAGAUCGAUGUGUUACCAAAACCAUGACUUAGCUUUUGUUUUUUUGAAAAGGUUUGAAGAAGAAUUUGCCUCGUAUAAUUUUUGUGUAAAUUACCUUUAUGUAUAAAAUCUUUAACUUAAU